CGGCUCCGCAGCUCGGUAGAGACGCUUGUCUUCUGUUUCCCCCACGUUACUAAUUCCUUCACAGAUCUCUAAAAUGGCGGCGGACCAGCUGUGUAAACUGUUCGUCGGCGGGUUGAACGUCGACACGGACGACGAUGGUCUCCGGAAGCACUUCGAGCAGUUCGGUACUCUAACGGACUGCGUGGUGGUGGUGAACAAGCAGCUGCAGCGUUCCCGCUGCUUCGGCUUCGUCACCUUCUCCACCGCCGAGGAGGCGGACGGCGCCAUGGCGGCCCGGCCGCAUGUCAUCGACGGGACGCAGGCCGAGCUGAAGAGGGCCAUGGCCCGGGAGGACUCCAACAACCCCGAGGCCCUCGCCAAGGUCAAGAAAAUCUUCGUCGGGGGUUUGAAAGACGACAUCGAAGAAGAAACGCUGACCGAAUAUUUCUCCCGUUAUGGUGAAAUCGAGAAGGCCGAGGUCAUUUCCGAGAAGGCCAGCGGGAAGAAGAGGGGCUUCGGCUUUGUUCACUUCACCGACAACGAUUCCGCAGACAAGUCGGUGGUGGUGAAGUACCACACCAUCCUUGGCCACAAGGUGGAGGUGAAGAAGGCCCUCACCAAGCAGGAGAUCGACGCGGCCAAUAAGAGCGGCGGGCGGCUGCGGGGCCGCGGGGGGAUGAGGGGGAUGAGGGGAAAUGGCUUCGGCCGGGGAGGAGGAGGAGGAGGCGGAUACAGCGGCUACGGCGGUGGUGACGGCGGCUACGGAGGCGGGUACAGUGGAGGUUACGGUGGAGGCUACAGUGGCGGUUAUGGCGCCGGUUAUAACGGUGGUUACGGCGGGGGCUACGGAGAGCAGAUGUGCGGCUAUGGCGGAGGAAACGGCUACAGUGACUUCGGCAGCGGCUACAACCAGCAGCCCUCCAGCUACGGCCCGAUGAAGGGCGCUGCUCCUGGCUACGGGGCCCAGCGCAGCGCGGCGCCUUACGCCCGGGGCGGUGGGUACCAGAGAGGCGGUUACAACGGAGGUUAUUAGACCACGAAAGACGGUCCGCACGCCCUCCACCGUACCGCCACUCCAUUCAGUCAUGAGCUCUGCAUUAAGCCCAGCAGAAACACGGUGAACCCAAAUCAAACGAAGACCUCAAAAUCCUACAGGUAGGAAGACCACUUCCCUGAAAGCCGGCUAUGCCCUACUUCUAGGACUCGAUACUUCUAGGACUCGAUACUUCUAGGACUCGAUACUUCUAGGACUCAAUACUUCUCAAUACUUCUAGGACGCGGUAUACUUAUGUCUUGUAGGACUCGGGUCUCCUAGGACUCUUAGUCCAGGACCCUAGGACUCUUAUCCAGGACUCGGGUUACAUAGGGGGCGUGUAGCUGUCGUUAUAAAGUUGGAUAUGAUUUUUUAUUUGCACUCAUUCUUUUAUCCUACCUAGGGUUAGGACUGUUUGUUGGAAAACCCCCAUUCCUUUCUUUGUAUUUUAAGAUUAGUUUUGUUCCCAGCAUUUUGUAGUGUUAAUGUGUGGACUCUUUUCAGUCCAUUGAUCAUAUUAAACACUCCCUUUCCAUUUAUUUUCAUGUCAUGUAUAUUGUAUACUUUAAUGUCUUGAGAUCAAAACCAAUUAUUGUUCGAACAUUUUGGUAUGCCUAUGUAUGUUCAUUUUAAAUAAAAAAGUUGUUCAAACUUAGUUAGUUUAUUUUACUUAUUUAACCAGGAUGCCUUAAGUUGUUUCACAGGUAAAUAAGACCUUAUGACUGCAGCAUUAGUUACCUGUUAGAUGGAUACCUCAGGUGGGUGACUUGAACUGCCCGCAGCCCAUGCAUGGAGGCUCUGAAGGGUUUUUAAUUGUUUUAUUCCUCUUUUUACUUAUUUUCUAUGUGGAUCUGAGGGAUGUGUUAUUUAUCUUUGAUUAUUCCUAUAUUUAGGUGUUCAUACUGUUACCCUGUAGGCUAACCAGCCAAGCUAGCCGUAGCACUUUGUUUAUAGGCUGAUGAGGAACCUGUUGAUUACCAGUAGGACUGAAAUAUCUCUUUAGGAUACCACUUCCAGCAAACUAGGUAUGUAAACAUGUUCUCACUGUGUUGCUGCACCUUAUGGAUAAUGAGAUGGCACACUACUGUUGUGUCUUAGAUGUUUAUGGCAGUCGCUCUUUCCUAGAUUAAAUGGUCAAUGCUCUUUUCUACUGUGAGAGGGGGGGGGGGGUCCUCAAUUGUUCAAUGUCCCUUUCUCAUUCUCUUCUCUCCGUCCUCAAGGUUGUUAUGGUAACGGUAUGGACGGGGCUUCGCCAGGUGGAUGCAGGCCCGCCACGUUGUGAUUGGUCCUCUUCCAGCGCAGGAAGGAGAGGAUGCAGCGUUCUUUUACAGGAACACUAAACCCUGAAUGUCAAUUAUUUUUAUACCCAGGAAUAUGUAAAGUUUUAACGGAAUGAAAUAAAUAUAUAUUUUAAUA